CUCUUUUUGGGGAAGGGCUGGGUCCAAAAGGAAAGGAAGGAAGAGCAGCCUUUGCCUUAAGCUGCCAAGAAAGCAGCCUCCUUGCAACAGUUGCAGCCUCCAUUUCCUCCUCCUUUCCUUCCCUUUCUUUCCUAUGGCUGCCACUGGGGUCCUCCCUUUCAUCCGAGGAGUGGAUCUCAGCGGCAAUGACUUCAAGGGCGGUUAUUUCCCGGAGCAUGUCAAGUCUAUGACUAGCUUGCGAUGGCUGAAAUUAAACCGGACCGGUCUUUGCUAUUUGCCAGAGGAAUUGUCUUCCCUCCAGAAGCUGGAGCAUCUGUCGGUCAGCCACAACAGCCUGACCACCCUCCAUGGAGAGCUCUCUGGCCUCCCUUGCUUAAGGGCAAUCGUUGCUCGGGCCAAUUGCUUGAAAAACUCUGGGGUCCCCGAUGAUAUUUUCCAACUCGACGAUCUCUCUGUCUUGGACCUGAGCUACAACCAGCUGACGGAGGUCCCUCGGGAAUUGGAAAACGCCAAGAACAUGCUUGUGCUCAACCUGACGCACAACAGCAUCGACAACAUCCCCAACCAGCUCUUCAUCAACCUGACCGACCUGCUCUACCUGGAUCUGAGCGACAACAAGUUGGAGAGCCUUCCUCCUCAGAUGCGGCGCCUCGUCCACCUCCAGACCUUGAUCCUGAAUAACAACCCUCUCCUCCAUGCCCAGCUCAGGCAACUCCCAGCCAUGGUUGCCUUGCAGACGCUCCACCUCAGGAACACACAGCGCACCCAAAGCAACCUCCCUACAAGUUUGGACAGCUUGACCAACCUCGCAGAUGUGGACCUCUCCUGCAAUGACCUGAGCCGGGUCCCCGAGUGCCUCUACACCUUGGCCAACCUCCGCCGCCUGAACCUGAGCACCAACCAGAUUUCAGAGCUCUCCCUCUGCAUCGACCAGUGGACUCACCUGGAGACCCUCAACUUGUCCAGGAACCUGCUCACCUCCUUACCUUCCGCCAUCUGUAAGCUGACCAAGCUGAAGAAGCUCUACCUGAACACCAACAAGCUGGACUUUGAUGGCAUCCCCUCUGGCAUUGGGAAGCUGGCCAACCUGGAGGAAUUCAUGGCUGCCAACAACAACCUGGAACUCAUUCCGGAAAGUCUGUGCAGAUGUGGGAAGCUGAAGAAGCUGGUGUUGAACAAGAACCGCUUGGUCACCUUGCCGGAAGCCAUCCACUUCCUGACGGACAUCGAGGUCCUGGAUGUCCGAGAGAACCCCAACCUGGUCAUGCCCCCCAAACCCGUGGACAGGACCUCGGAGUGGUACAACAUCGACUUCUCCCUCCAGAACCAGCUGCGGCUGGCGGGUGCCUCUCCUGCCACCGUGGCAGCCGCAGCCGGCGGGAGCAGCCCAAGAGACCCGCUGGCACGGAAGAUGCGCCUGAGGAGGCGCAAGGAUUCGGCGCAGGACGACCAGGCGAAGCAGGUGCUGAAAGGCAUGUCGGACGUUGCUCAAGAGAAGAACAAGAAGAUGGAGGAGAACGGAGACCCGAAAUACACAGACCUGAAGACGCGCCGCUGGGACCAGAGCUUGGAGAAGCCUCCGCUCAACUACUCCGAGUUUUUCACGGAGGACGUGGGGCAACUUCCCGGCAUCACCGUUUGGCAGAUCGAGAACUUCGUCCCCACGAUGGUGGAUGAGACCUUCCAUGGGAAGUUCUAUGAGGCUGACUGCUACAUCGUUCUGAAGACCUUCCUGGAUGACAACGGUUCCUUGAACUGGGAGAUCUACUACUGGAUCGGCCAGGAGUCUUCGCUGGACAAGAAGGCCUGUGCCGCCAUCCAUGCCGUCAACCUGCGCAACUAUCUGGGGGCCGAAUCCCGCUCCAAAAGGGAGGAGAUGGGGGACGAAAGUGAUGAAUUCAGCCAGGUGUUUGAUCACGAAAUCUCCUACAUCGAAGGAGGAACAGCCAGCGGUUUCUACACAGUCGAGGAUGUCCAUUAUGUCACCAGGCUCUAUCGUGUUUAUGGCAAAAAGAACAUCAAGCUGGAACCGGUGCCACUGAAAGGAGCGGCUUUGGACCCACGGUUUGCCUUUCUUCUAGACCACGGCCUCGAGAUCUACGUUUGGAGGGGGAGCCAAGCCACACUGAGUGCCACCACCAAAGCCAGGCUCUUUGCAGAAAAGAUCAACAAGAAUGAGAGGAAGGGGAAAGCGGAAAUCAUACUGUUGACCCAGACUCAGGAGACCCCCGAAUUUUGGGAGGUCCUUGGAGGGCAGCCGGAAGAGAUCAAGACCAACGUCCCAGAUGACUUCAGGCCUCCAAGACCCAAACUCUACAAGGUUGGUUUAGGAUUGGGAUACCUGGAGUUGCCUCAGAUCAACUACCGACUCUCGGUUGAGCACAAGAAAAGACCGAAGGUGGACCUGUUACCAGAGAUGAGACUGCUUCAGAGUCUUCUGGAUACCAAGUCGGUCUACAUCCUGGACUGCUGGUCGGACGUCUUCAUCUGGAUCGGCCGGAAGUCGCCACGCCUGGUGCGGGCAGCCGCACUGAAGCUGGGGCAAGAGCUGUGCAGCAUGCUCCAUCGUCCAAAACAUGCCAUGGUCAUCCGCAACCUGGAGGGCACCGAGUGCCAGGUCUUCAAGUCCAAAUUCAAGAACUGGGACGACGUGCUGAAGGUGGAUUACACCCGCAACGCAGAGUCGGUCCAGCAAACGGAGGGUCUCUCUGGGAAAGUCCAGAAGGAUGCUGAGAAGAAGGAUCAGAUGAAGGCCGACCUGACGGCCCUCUUUCUGCCCCGCCAGCCCCCCAUGCCUCUGACUGAGGCGGAGCAGCUCAUGGAAGAAUGGAACGAAGACCUGGACGGGAUGGAGGGCUUUGUUUUGGAGAAUAAGAAGUUUGCCCGUUUGCCCGAAGAGGAAUUUGGCCAUUUCUACACCCAGGAUUGCUAUGUCUUUCUCUGCCGGUACUGGGUGCCUGUGGAGUGCGAGGAAGACGAAGAGGAAAAGAAGAGCAAGAAGAAAAGGAGCGAUGGGGGUGCUGAAGGAGGAGAAGAAGAGGAGGAGGAAGAGGAGGAGGAAGAAAAGCAGCCGGAGGAAGACUUCCAGUGCGUGGUGUAUUUUUGGCAAGGCAGGGAGGCUUCCAACAUGGGAUGGCUGACCUUCACUUUCAGCCUCCAGAAGAAAUUCGAGAACCUUUUCCCCGGAAAGCUGGAGGUGGUGCGCAUGACCCAGCAGCAGGAGAACCCCAAAUUCCUCUCCCAUUUCAAGCGGAAAUUCAUCAUCCACAAAGGCAAGCGGAAGGCCAAGGAAGACAGCCUCCAGCCCAGCCUUUAUCACAUCCGGACAAACGGAAGCGCCCUUUGCACCCGGUGCAUCCAGAUCAAUACCGACUCCAGCCUUCUCAACUCAGAAUUUUGUUUCAUCUUGAAGGUUCCCUUUGAGAGCAGCGACAACCAAGGCAUCGUCUACACCUGGGUGGGUCGGGCGGCCGACCCGGAUGAAGCCAAACUGGCCGAGGACAUCAUGAACCACAUGUUCGACGACUCCUACAGUAAACAGGUGAUCAAUGAAGGCGAGGAGCCCGAGAACUUCUUUUGGGUCGGCAUUGGGACCCAGAAGCCUUACGAUGGAGACGCCGAAUACAUGAAGUAUUCUCGCCUGUUCAGAUGCUCCAACGAAAAGGGCUAUUUCGCCGUGUCGGAAAAGUGCUCUGACUUCUGCCAGGACGACCUCGCCGACGACGAUAUCAUGUUACUUGACAACGGGCGCGAGGUCUACAUGUGGGUUGGGAGCCAAACAAGCCAAGUGGAGAUCAAACUGAGUCUGAAAGCUUGCCAGGUGUACAUCCAGCACAUGCGCUCCAAGGACCCAAGCCGCCCGAGGAAGCUCCGUCUCGUGCGCAAAGGCAAUGAACCACCAGUCUUCACCCACUGCUUCCACGCUUGGAGUGUCUUCCGGAAACCCCCGGCCUAAAUGGGCGACUGAAUGGUAUCCCCAAAUCUGAUGGACUUGGCAAUCCACUUCAACCCAGGACUGGCUCCCAUGGCCUUUCAAAGGUAGUCUGUUCUUUUUUCAAGCAGCACACAUAGGACAAAAUGUUACUAGAAGAGAUGGAGCUGGAAGAGGUCCCUCCUCAAAGCCCCACGUUCCUGCGCAUCAUUGCCUAAUACUUUGCGCAUAUCCUCACAUUUCCCCCCCUUAGAGCAACGGAACAUAUGUUCUUGGAAUGUUAAAGCUAGGAUUCUCUCACUACUGUUGCAUUAAAGCCAAAGGGCAGAGUUAUUGUUAUUGCUGUUGUUUCACUUCCACUGAGACUUGAGCUAUUUAUAAUAAAAAUGCAAAACAUG